GCGCCGAGCGAAAUUGGAUGGCAAGUCAGGUCGAGUGACUCGGGCAAAACCAGAGCAGGGAGGAGCACGCGCACGCAGGGAGAGGGGGAGGAAAAGCAGCCCCUUUGCUAUCAUCCAACCUAGGGCAGAAGGGAGCAUUCUCCAUCGCUUACGUCUCGCUCCCGCUCUCCAACCUCUUCGUUUCGAUCUUGGUGGACGGCCGCUGGCCGGCGAGGCUUGCAAGGAUCGGGGUCGACAACUCUACUGAUCAACGGUUGAUUGAGAUGAAAGAUGCUGGAAAUAGGAGCUUUGCAGCUGUCAGUAGGACUGUAGAGAGUGGGAGAAGUCAGUGGAGUAGUAGGAAUUUUGGUAGAGGUUCUGGCAUGUAAAGAGGAGCUCUACUCUGCACCUUGAUAAAGUGGAUGAUUUUUUCAACUUAUUUUUUCAAUUAUUUAUAGCUGUGGAGCCUUUUGGUGGAUAUGAGCAAUGGAGCUGGUGGAGCACCAUUCUUGGUUUGGGCUCUACUAUCUAUUGAGUCAAUAAUGAGUGGUCAUUUAAGUCGUACCAUCUAUGUUGGCAACCUUCCUAUAGAUACACGAGAAUCAGAAAUUGAAGAUUUAUUUUACAAGUAUGGUCGCAUAGUGGAAAUUGAAUUAAAGAACCCACCUCGGCCGCCUGGUUAUUGUUUUGUUGAGUUUGAAAGUUCUAGAGAUGCUGAUAAUGCAAUUCGGGGUCGUGAUGGCUAUAAUUUUGAUGGCCACCGUUUGAGGGUUGAGCUAGCCCAUGGGGGCAGAGGGCAGUCAUCUUCAAUUGGACGGAGCAAUGGUUAUGGAAGUGGGAGGGGCAGUAAAUAUGGAGUUUCACACCGUUCUGAAUAUCGAGUUGUUGUUCGUGGGCUUCCUUCUUCUGCUUCAUGGCAAGAUUUAAAGGAUCAUAUGAGAAAGGCUGGGGAUGUUUGUUUUGCUCAAGUUUUCCGGGAUGGUGAUGGCACCAUGGGUUUGGUUGAUUAUACUAAUUAUGACGACAUGAAGUAUGCUAUUCGGAAGCUUGAUGAUUCUGAGUUCCGAAAUCCCUUCUCGACGUCCUAUAUUCGGGUAAGAAGCUAUGAAGGAAGCAUGUCGAGGAGUCGAAGCCAAAGCAGGGAGCCCUAGUAGGAGCAGAAGCCCUAGACGGAGUCGGAGCAAGUCAAUGGGAAGGCCUGUCCUCUAGAUCACCAUCAAAAUCUGUUUCUCCAAGAUCCAGAUCUGUUUCUCCUGCCAGAUUUUCAAGAUCAAGAUCUAGGUCGAGGUCAGGCUGAUUGUGACAGGAAAUUGUUCAGGUGCAGUCAGGCACUGUGCAGUGCUCGGGACUCUUGUUUUGCGUUAUUCUACUUGAAAGUUAUCAAUGGUUGCUAUUGCUUCAUGGCAGCCAUGUUGUAUGGAGGUGACACUUAGUUUUCAGGUUAUCAGUAUUCGGGUGGAUCUACUUUCUGAAAUGUGACAGAGAAGUUAGCUUUUGGCAACUUUGAUCUUGAAAUACUAGGCUAUCACAAUUAUGUUCAUUUUAACUCUAUUCUGUGAAUCUUCUCAACUAAGUGAUCAGCAUAUCCAAAUGAUGUAUUAUGAAACGAUUGAUAAGUUAGAAUGCAUUAUUUUGCUAGUCAUAUUUACUCUU